CAUGGAUGCCCAUCACGCCCGCCUGAUCGGCCUCUGGACUCUCCAGACAAUCCACCCUGAGGCCCGUCUACAUCCCAUCGAUCCUCCUAUACACAAUGCUCCUACCAUUCUGUACCCCUCGACACACCUACGCCCGCUCUUCCGCCCGUUUAGACAUCGCAGUCCACCCUUCUUCUUGGCCUCAACACAGCGAUAACAGCGCAGGGCGAUGAUCACAACGUUGCUGCGAAGAUAACCUCCGACCCUACUGCCAGACAUCACGCUACUUCGCCGACUUAUCAAAUCGAACAAGACCAUACCUCGACCAACGUACUUCUAUCUGCCUCGGGACAUAAGAUACUAGCGACACAAGUAUCAUAUUCCCACACAACUCGGAUUUGACAACUGCCAGCAUAUCGGCGGGAGCACUUCAUGGCCGAAAUGCGCAUACGGUAGCAAGAUUCAUAAUACUUUGACCAAUCGUCAUGUUUUCGGGAAAGAGCCAUGGGUUCAGCCUACCUAGCGCCUUACGCCGGGGCAAAUCAGACGGCCAAAGGCUAUCCAGACACAUAGACGAGAGAGACGACAAGGCACAACAUAUUCUUGGAAUUACAAAGACUGCACUGGACUCGGCACGCAGCCAGAGUAUGAGUUCCUCGAUCGUUGCGGCGAGACCGUCAGGGCCAGCGUUAUCUGAUGCCACAACUGAAUUUGGUUCGCCCUCAACACCACCUCCUCCAGUACCUCGUGAUCUUCCGACUCUCCACUUGAAAGCUUCCUCGGUCCUUCUCCAUGAAGAGUUCAAUAUCAACGAAACCACACCUUCCAGCCGGCCACGACGUCUGCAGCAGCCAAUCUCUUCUUCAUCUCUACAUUCCUAUUAUGACGGGGACAAGGUGCCUCUUGCUAUCUCUCAACAAACGUCGGAAUCAUCACGAAGAGACCUAGCUCUCAGGAAGGACGCUUCGCCAUCAACUUCGGACAACAUGGCGUCUCCACGUUCAUUACGACUCCUCAGGUCGUUGACCAAGUACCAAAAGUCAGACAGUCGCAAACUGGUCAAACAAAAUCCCCCUCCAUCAUCUAUCAUUCGCUCGCCACGAAACACCACUCAUCAACGGUAUGGAGAACAGACACUUCAACACCGUCAACACUCUCAAGAACAGAUAAAUCGCACAAAAUCCUUCAAAGGAGUCCGGUUCCAAAAUGCAACACCAGAGAGAGAAAGUCACAGAUAUAGUGCAAAGCAUGCAACAUCGUCAAACACAUUGAACAACACGCAACACAUGAAGAUCAAUAGCAGGAAACCGAAAGCAGGAGCAAAAUAUUGGUUCGAUAACAUCGAAGUCGAUAUCAGUGACAUCGAGAGUAUCCACGAGCCAGAAUUUUCUCCUAGCUUCGUAUCAGGUAUGGCGCUGGCAUUCGAGAGCGGCAGGUUCGACCCCGUACCCGAAAGCACUGAGGAUACAUGCCAAAACCAGAACGAGUCCAGAAUUUCCGCUCAAGACGCCAUAUCGGAAUCUUCCAAAAAAUCGAGCCGGUACCAUCUUCCCCCGUCAGCCAUUCCCCCUCGCGUGUCAACGUUGACAGCAAAGGCUUCACGAACAAGCCUCAGCCAAGGUGUGAACCGACAAGCUUUCCAGAAGACCAAGGCCGCUUCACUAGCUUCAACCGACCUUCAUACAAACAGCAUCCUUGAUCUCUCGUCCUCAGAUGACGAUGAAGUGCCUCCCCCAGUGUCCAUUACUAAGACGGAGACCCUUCCACGACUGCGUGAUAGUAUAGCCUUGGAUGACUUGAUGGAGUCAGAAAUUGAGAUUGUGACCGCGAAAGCCAUUGAUACCAAACAAAGUGCGUCAGUUGAAGUGGUACCUGAAGCUGGAAAAGUCAAAGAACGCGACCUGAGGCAUAUGUCAAUAAUGCGCCAGACCAGACCCCCAGAUCGGUCGGCAUACUUCAGGGAUCACUCCUCUGAACGUUAUACGGAUGAGAAUGAUCUGCUUGUUUCUUUUCCAGCGACACCCACAGAGACUUCGGCAUCUCGCCGUUUCCCACAGUAUGGGUCUGAUACAGCCAGUAUCGAGAGCCGUAGGCUUAUGAGCGUGACCAGACAAGAAGAAUCAUUAUUGGCAGCAAUGAGACUGAAACGAGCCGCACUUGAUCAAACUCGUUAUUCUCCCAGGAGAUUGCAACUGCAAGCGCAAGCGCAAGCUUUAAGAACUCGAACUCCAGACCUUUCUGUUCGGCAAUAUCGAUCCCCACCACAGGGGCUCAGCUCAAACUCUCUCGACAUACUCUCAACGUCGCGACCGCGACACCAGAACCUGUCACGCUCGGGCAACCCUGAAAUACACUUUGACCAAGCUUCGUGUACCACUUUCCAAACUGGAGCUUCCCACGAUGCUAGUCAUCGAUUCUCAAUCGCUAGCUGUGGCACUGAGGCAUCGAUAGGACAAUACCCAGAACUGCAAUCGCCUCUGGCGGUGAGAUCGCCUUCAUUUCGUGCAACAGUGGCGACCCCUGCCAAUCGGAUGAGUCAAUCUACCUUUUUUUCCACUUCUACUGGUACCAACGACUCACUGGAUCGGUUUAGCAGUCGGACAGACAAAGCGUACGUCGCGAACCUGGAAAGAUUCCAGCAAGUAUCUGUCAAGGAUGAUGCCGCAUCACAGGAUUAUAUCGAUUGGCCUUACUCCGGAUGGGAGCCUUCUAGCAAGGCAGCCGUGACACAAGCCGCAGCACACUGAGAUGCAAGUGUCUCAAUAAGUAUUCUGUCUCCUGGGCGGUUCAUCUGAACUUGCCAACCAAAUCGACGUAGUCAUCUUUGGCCAUCGUCACUGUACAUUAACAAGCUUCCAGACGGGAGGAAUCAUGUAACACUGAGAUGUUGGGAUUGGGAGCGCCAUGGACAAAGUUGUCUGUAUGAAACCUGAAUAGCAUGUCAUAGCAUUUCUUUUUUUGAAGCUGUGAGAGCAGAGAACACGCAAUGAUUUUGAGACCUUCGAACUAUGACACGCGUCACUACAAUAGCUACCAA